AUGACGAGACUCACUGACGAUGCCUGCAAAACGUCUGGGAAAGUACCACGUCCACGGUCCGAUUUUGGAAAUGAUCGUGCAUACACUGGACUCCGAACUAGGUCCGUUCCUCUAAGUCUUUUUACCAAUGUGACCAAAUGUUCUGAGCCCGAUGACUUGCAUGAAUGCCGCUAUUUAAAACAAUUCCUUACUCAUCCCAGUUCGUCCCUCGAUGAGACUGCUAUCGCCAACACAUUUACUUGUAGUCAGCUGGAUGAUACGCUAGCACCUAUCGCGGCUGGUGGGAGUGCACGAAUAUGUCCCGGUAGCUCAUUCACUGGCACUGGGAUAGCUCUCAGCUCCAACGAGAUAUCGAGUCCUACAGACCCAGGGGUAUUGCGUUCCGGUCUAUCCUUAAUUGACCUAGCGGUCAAGGCAGGCCGAGGGGAUCUUGUCAAUAUUUUUAUAACUCUUGGACACGCCUCUAAUGCAAGUAGCGAUGUUGGGGCUAGCGGUGGCAGCACUGGAGCUGCUGCUGUGACAUUUAGUGAUAAAAGUAGUAGUAGUAGCAAUUGUGGUGGAGGGGGCGUAGAAGCGCCUCUUGCUAGACCUGAUAGUCGCAUCGAGCCACCGACCCCAGUUGGAUCGGGUUCUCUGCCUCUUAAACAGGGUCUUCCUCAGGUCUCGGUUCGAUCUGAUCCCGGAGCUGCCUUGGAGACUCGACGAGGUAAACGGAUGCCUUGUCAGGCGAGUCCUCUAGUAGCCGGAGAACUGCGUCGCCGUCUCCUUAACGAAGGUAUCAGUGUCGAGAACCAACGGGGGCCAAUCGGCAGAGCAGGGUUCAGAUGUGCUCAUCUAGCCGAGUGGGGUACCUUCGCUCUGCCAGAGGCGGUCAACCAACUAGCACCACCCGUGAAGCGUCUCCUUUUAAAUGAGUUGAUCGAUACUCAGGCACAGAAAGGUGAAUAUUUUGAUUAUUGUCCUAGUUUAUAUUAA